AUGAGCUCUAUUCGAGGAUCCAUUCGAUCAAGUGUCAACUGGCCGCGCUCCCGUUCGAGCCAGGCCUACGAGGGAGCGAGCAGAUCAGGCCGCCACAGCAACUGCUUGGUACGACGUGAGGCUGGAGAGCGAUCUUGCAGCUUGCCAAAGUUGACUGAGUGCGUUGAGAGUGAUUUCAACUUGGGCUUGGACAGGACCCAUCCUCCAAUGCAGUCGUGGCAACCUAUAUGA